GUUUCUGGGCAAGUUCAGGGGAAAGUUCUCGCCUCUCGCGUUCCCGUCGACCCAACGCGCAUUGGCAAAUUUCGAUUUCAAGGCCCGUCUGUCACGGCAUCUUGGAGAAGCCUUGCAAGAUGGUCUUCACGACACCAGCGCCGUUCGUCCUGCUGUUGAUGCUUUCAUCCGCCUACGGUUGCACUGUUCCAUGGCCUGCUACUAUCAACGUCACAUGGGAUUAUCAGAUCGGCGGCUACAAAAAUCGGGACGUGGAUGUUUAUAUGCUGGAUGGCUUUCUGACCCAGUCAACCCUCAUCUCCACUCUGCAUGAUCAAGGCAAACGGGUAUCCUGCUAUUUCUCUAGUCAGUACGAGAGCUUUCGGCCUGACGCGGGCAGUUUCCCAUCGUCCCUCCUCGGGCAUAAUCUCGACUCGUGGCCGGGCGAAAGAUGGGUGGAUAUUCGACAGAAGACGGCAUUGGAGCCCAUUUACAGAAGUCGCCUAACGCGAGCGGUGGAUCUGAAGUGCGACGGGGUGGAAUGGGAUAACAUCGAUGGUUACAUGGACGACAAGAGCGGGUUUCCGGUGACAGUUACCGACGGAGUCAGUUUCAUACAGUCCUUGAUCACUCUGACGCAUGGAUAUAACAUCUCCUUCGGACUGAAGAACGUGCCGAACCUUGUCGCUCAGUUUGUACAAGCCGCUGAUUACUCCAUCAACGAAGAUUGCGCAAAAUACAACGAAUGUGGGUCCUACACACCCUUCAUCACAGCGGGCAAACCUGCGUUCUCCGUUGAGUACACCGACAACACACAACGGAGCACAAACGCCAAAUGCCAAGCGAUGGUCAACGCACAGAUGACAAGUCCCAUCAUCCGCGACCGAGGCGUCAAAGCCGACGGUUCCUUUUUGGCCUGCACGAAUGCCGCAGGCGUGUGUUCGCCCCCAGCAGGGCCGGGAAUGAGCACGGGGCCGACGGGAGGUGGUGAUGCGUCCAGCGGUGACACUUUAUCGACGCGAGGCAGUCCGUGGCUGGCCGUUAGCUUCUUUCUGUUGAUUGUAUACGGGAUGGCGUAGGACGGUUCUGUGGGAGUGCUAUCUAUCAGGACAAAUGACAAGGGCCUUUCCAUUUCCUUUGUCUUCAAGGGUGGAGUCCUGACAGGAUGGCCAGCUUGACGGCGGACGCAAAGGGGAAUCAGAAGGGAAAUGAUGCCUCUCGGCUCUCGGCUCUCGGUUCGCGGUAUUGAUGUCGAUAACUUCACGCCGAGCGUUGGCAAGCUAUUAUUGAGACGGAAUCGAGGGACUUCUUCACCUCCCCCACGGCAAGCUGGCACUAUGGGCGGCCUUCGCU